AUGAGUAAUUUUGAAAGCCUUUUCCAAAGCUCGCUGGUUGCUGGAGAAGAACUGUUCAGGAAAUACUUCAAGCCAUCUCCGGGAUUUGAGACAAUAGUUACGCACACCGGCCACACGCCUACGGACCUUCCAGACUUAGGCAAUCCCGUUAUUCCCCCAAUUACUCCAUCCACUACCUUCGAGCAACUGGCGCCGGCCACUGGAAAAGUAAACCGACUUUUAUUUAUAUUACUUUUUCAGUACGACUACUCCAGGUCGGGGAAUUAUUCACGACAUGUUCUUGAAAAUUGUCUUGCGGCAAUAGAAGGCGGUUAUACAGCCCUUACAUUUGCUUCUGGCUUGGCUGCUUUAGGUGCAGUUACACAACUGCUAUCAUCCGGUGAUCACGUAGUGGCUUUCGAUGACCUAUAUGGAGGUACUGGUCGUUUCUUCCGCAAAAUAGCAUCAAAGCAUGGUGUGAUUUUCGAUUUUGUCGAUAUGCGUUAUCCAAAGCUGUUUGAGGCGGCUCUCACACCGAAAACAAAGAUGGUGUUCCUAGAGACCCCUUCAAACCCUCUCAUGCGUCUUGUCGACAUUGCUGAAAUUUCGAGACUGGCGCAUAAUUACGACAAAAACAUUAUUGUGGUAGUUGACAACACAUUUAUCACACCAUAUUAUCAACGACCCCUGGAACUCGGCGCCGACCUCUCACUGAACUCUCUCACAAAAUAUAUUAACGGUCACAGUGAUGUUGUGAUGGGCGCAGUUGUUGUACGUAAGGGAUUGCCAGACUUGGUUCGUGAACUUCAAUUCAUCCAAUUUGCGGCGGGUGCCGUGCCUUCUGUCUUCGACUGUUAUCUCUGUCUUCGAGGAGUUCGGACCCUGGCCAUCCGCAUGCAGACGCACAUGCGUUCCGCCCUCACUCUUGCCACCCUCCUCGAAAAGCACCCUAAGGUGGAGACGGUAAUUCAUCCUGGUGAGCAUUCCCUUUUCGAAAUCAGCGCCUUACUUAAGUGA